AUUUAUGGCGUCCUUCGUCAAAACAAACGUGCAACGGUUCCAUCUCUCUCUCUCUCUCUCUCUCUCUCUUUCUCAAAAAUAUCGAAAUCAGACUCAAUUCAUCAACAAAUCGUGCCUGUUACGUUCCCAUCAAUCAAAACCAGACUCAAACACCAUCUUUAACCUACGAUCCAACAACAUCUCAUCUCUAAUUUGCAUAACAAACUCAUAACAUUAAUUCAUUUCCAACAAAACCUGAAAAAUUUCCCAAAAUUAGAAGAAACCAAUGGACGGAAUAUGUUUAAAAACAGGGUUUGUCGGGAUCAAAACUCCGAUCACCGCCGUAAACGAGAUUCGUAAAAACCCAUCUCAAAUUACAACCACCGCCGCGAUUAACCGGAUGACAAUAUCAUCGGAUCAGCCGUCAAUGUCGGCUUCUUCUGCUCCUCGUACGGCCGGUCCCUGGGGGUUUUCUUUUAAAUUUCCUCAAAUUUCUUUUUUUGUUGGUAAUAAUAGAAACCGUCAUGAUGCGUUGGCUGUAGACGACGCCGUUUUGGCUGAUGGAAAUGAAGAGGUUAAAGAAGAAAGUGAGGGUAAGAAGAAUGAUGAGAAUUGGGUGUUGAAGAUUCUUCAUGUCAGAUCUAUGUGGAGCGACAGGAAUGAUCGUACGGUUGAAGAUCAAGAUCAAGAUCAAGAUGUUGUGAAUUGUAAAGAUGAGGGUUUGAUCGAUGAACAUGAGUGUGAUGCAUGUAAGGUUGAUUAUGAUGGUGAUGGUGACGAUGAUGAUGCUCAAAUUGAAUUCGAUAGAAGUUCGUUUUCGAAAUUGCUUCGAAGGGUUUCUUUAGGUGAAGCAAGGUUGUAUUCUCAAAUGUGUUAUUUGGGGAGCUUAGCUUACUCUAUACCUCGGAUUAAGCCUGGAAAACUACUGAAAGAUUAUAGACUUCGUUUUGUUACGUCUUCGCUAGAAAAGAAAGCCCAGCUGGCUGCAAUAGCUGAAAAGGAGAAAGAACAAGUCCGGGUUCAAGAGCUAGAAGAAAACGCCAAAAAGAAAGAAGACGAGACGACGAAAUCCGAGAAAGAAACGGCUUCUGAAAUAGAACAAACGAAAGAGACGGUUGAAAGCGGUGGGGAGAAGGGAGGUAGGAAUCUGAUAAGUGCUUCCACAGCGUAUAACAUUGCAGCCUCGGCUGCUUCUUAUCUGCAUUCUCAAACAAAGAACAUUAUUCCUUUCAAAUCUUCUGAAAACAACGAUGGUGAAGUUAGUAUGACAAAAGCAGAGGUUGCUUCGUUUAUGGCGACUACCGACUCGGUGACUGCUGUGGUUGCUGCUAAAGAAGAAGUCAAACAGGCAGUUGCAGAUGAGCUGAACUCAUUGCAUUCAUCACCUUGUGAAUGGUUCGUAUGUGAUGACGACGAAAGUACCAGAUACUUUGUUAUUCAAGGCUCUGAAUCACUUGCAUCGUGGCAAGCUAAUCUUCUUUUUGAACCUAUUCAGUUCGAGGGACUGGAUGUGAUUGUGCAUAGGGGUAUAUACGAGGCUGCAAAGGGUAUUUACGACCAAAUGUUGCCUGAAAUCCAUGAACAUUUACAACAUUAUGGUGAUAAAGCAAAGUUUCGGUUCACUGGGCAUUCACUCGGUGGAAGCUUAGCGUUGCUUGUAAACCUAAUGUUGCUAAUAAGAGGGCAAGUCCCGCGUACUUCAUUACUUUCUGUAAUAACGUUUGGUUCACCCUCGGUUAUGUGUGGUGGGGACCGUUUGCUUCAUAAACUCGGGUUACCAAAAAGUCAUCUUCAAGCAAUCACAUUGCAUCGUGACAUUGUACCCCGAGCCUUUUCUUGCAAAUAUCCAAGUCGUGUAGCUGAGCUUCUUAAAGCGGUAAAUGGGAAUUUCCGAAAUCACCCCUGCCUCGAUAACCAGCGUUUGUUGUAUGCUCCGAUGGGGGAAUUCUUGAUUCUGCAGCCAGAUGCGAAACUUUCACCCAAUCACGAUCUGCUUCCUUCGGGUAGCGGUCUGUAUGUUUUAACCUCAUCAGUAUCCGAUAUGAUAGAGGCGGAGAAACAAGUGAAAGCUGCACAGUCUGUAUUCUUGAACACACCACACCCGUUAGAGAUCCUGAGUGACCGGUCCGCGUAUGGUUCAGGGGGCGCAAUCCAGAGGGACCAUGACAUGGAAUCAUACUUGGUGUCGGUUCAGAGCGUGAUCCGUCAAGAGCUGAACCGUGCAAGAAAAGGUAGGCGCGAACAGCGUCGACGGGCUUGGUGGCCUCUGGUUGCACCUCGGGGCAAUAACAGGGGUCGUAUGGGUCCAGGUCAAAGUCAAGGUCAGAUGAAGUUCACGAGAGUUUUGCAUUCAGGAAGCGAAUCUUUGAAAAGGUUCACGAGUCUUGUUGCUUCGGAUCAUAUGGGUUUGCUCGUAAUACUGCUGCUCCCUGCUAAAUUGUUGUUUGUGGAGGCAUGUAAUGUGAUUCGACACGUUUAAGUAUUGGUAAAACCGUAAAAAAAACAUUCUUUAUUGUUUCAUAUGAAAUUAUGUGAAUAUAGAAAUGAAUCAUUAGUAUGUUUUUUG